CAGACGGAGGGCGGAGUCGGCCUCCCGGAAUCCUGGUUCCAGCGUGCACUUCUGGAGGACUUCAGAUACCGGCGUGCUCCGCGUCCGGCCGUCCACCCGCUCACGUCCAGGGCGCCGCCUCUGUGUAGGGCGGGCGAAGAGGCAGCCGAGGCGGAGCUGAUGGCUGCACUGAGGGCGGGGCGGGGUGCAGGCUGGGGCUUUCGGGGAUGGCGAGCUUUUGGGGGUUUAUUUUGGGGAAAGGCCUCUCUGUUGACCCCUGACCUCCGGGCCCUGCUGACGUCAGGAACUCCCGACCCUCGGGUCGGAGGGUCUUACGGGACUCCCAGUCUCCGGGCCCAGUUCUCUGUGGGGGUCCCUGGACCACGAACAUGUCUGACGUCAGGGACUUCGGACUCCCGAGCACGGCUGACUGCGGAGACCCCAGAUCCUCAGACUCGGGAGAACUCAGGGACCCCUGGAACCCGUCCACGCGUGUGGCUGGCCGUGGCACUGGGCGCUGGUGGGGCAGUGCUGCUGUUGUUGUGGGGCGGGGGGCGGGGUCCCCCGGCCGUCCUUGCUUCUGUCCUUAGCUCGCAGCCUGCCUCUCCCCGGAGCCAGUACAACUUCAUUGCAGACGUGGUGGAGAAGACUGCACCUGCUGUGGUUUAUAUCGAGAUCCUGGGACGCCACCCUUUCUCGGGCCGCGAAGUUCCCAUCUCGAAUGGCUCAGGAUUCGUGGUGGCUGCGGACGGGCUCAUUGUUACCAACGCCCAUGUGGUGGCUGAUAGGCGCCGAGUCCGUGUGAGGCUGCCUAGUGGGGACACGUAUGAAGCCAUGGUCACAGCUGUGGAUCCCGUAGCAGACAUUGCCACGCUGAGGAUUCAGACUAAGGAACCCCUCCCCACACUGCCCCUGGGGCGCUCAGCUGAUGUCAGGCAAGGGGAGUUUGUGGUUGCCAUGGGAAGUCCCUUUGCACUGCAGAACACGAUCACAUCCGGCAUCGUCAGCUCUGCUCAGCGUCCAGCCAGAGACCUGGGCCUUCCGCAAACCAAUGUGGAAUACAUCCAGACUGAUGCAGCUAUUGAUUUUGGAAAUUCUGGAGGUCCCCUGGUUAACCUGGAUGGAGAGGUGAUCGGAGUGAAUACCAUGAAGGUCACAGCUGGAAUCUCCUUUGCUAUCCCUUCUGAUCGCCUUCGAGAGUUUCUGCACCGUGGGGAAAAGAAGAAUUCCUGGUUUGGAACCAGUGGGUCCAAGCGCCGCUACAUUGGGGUGAUGAUGUUGACCCUGACUCCCAGCAUCCUUGCUGAACUACAGCUUCGAGAACCAAGCUUUCCUGAUGUUCAGCAUGGUGUGCUCAUCCAUAAGGUCAUCCUGGACUCCCCGGCACACCGGGCUGGUCUGCGGCCAGGUGAUGUGAUCUUGGCCAUUGGGGAGCAGCUGGUACAGAAUGCUGAAGAUAUUUAUGAAGCUGUUCGAACGCAGUCCCAGCUGGCAGUGCGGAUCCGGCGGGGAACAGAAACACUGACCUUAUAUGUGACCCCUGAAGUCACAGAGUGAAUGGAUCAGCAAGAGUAUGGGGCUCCUGCUCUGAUUUCCACUUGCUUUCCUGGCCUAGGCUGUGAGGGCAGCUGGACAGAGGAUUAAAUGAACCAGUGGGGGGCAGGUCCCUCCAACCACCAGCAUCAAUCCCUGGGCUCUGAAGAAUCACAAAAACACUUUUUAUAUAAAAUAAAAUUAUACCUAGCAACA